CCCAACCCGUCUCUUUCCCACAGCAGACGGGCGAAAGCUCCGCCUCCGUGUAGAGGAGGAGAAAAAUGACAAUAAAGGAGAGUGAGCUCAGACGCCGAGCGGAUUGUGAGCACGACCAUCAGUCAAAUAGCCAAGAUACUUCGAACCUUGUGAUCGUACGCGGACUGAGGAAGAGCCCGGAUGGAAGUCUCGCUCUGCAUCGUCGCUCUCGCAUUCUACAAGGAAGCAUAACGCCGCGCAGGGGUGAGCAUUAUUUAGGCACGGGACCAGGGCGAUCACACUGCAGGAUGCCGCCGGAGACAAGGGUGACGACGCCGCCUCGCCGUGUGACGGUUUAACGACUCAAGGCCACCACCAUAACUGUACACAUUCACGGCUCGGAUCAGAUCCUCGCGUCCUGCUAUCGCGGGUUUCGUCUUCCUCCCCCCCCCCCCUUAAUCGGAUGUAUCGGAAGUGGCUCUUCGCCCACAAUUUCGAAAUUGCGGAUGAAAACGAUAUCUUAGUAGGAUGGUGUCAUACGAAAAUGAUUUGCUAGCAUGCACACCGGCUACUUGAUAUCCUAGGCAUUAGAAGACCGUAAACACUCAGGUAAAGUAAAAUGGAAUUUCUGUUUGGUGAAAGUGAGAUGGCUACACGGCACUCAGGUUAUUAAUGUUGCAAGUUUAGCCACGAGGGAACAGAGGUAUUUGUUGACAGUCGCAUCCAACCUAAACAAUCAGUUCGUUGAGAAAGGUCCCGAAGAAUUUACGUUCAAUGAAAUGCUUUGGUAAGUCACAUUGCUAAGUGACAGGGAAGUGUGCAGCGUUAUCGUCAGUUGUGUUAUUGCUUCGAUUAACAUAGGCAACAACCGGAGCUAUUUUCAACACGUACUUCAUCAGUGUAGCCCUUCUUUUGUGUUUAAUCUGAAAAUAUUUUUGUUGAUUAGCCUACGCCUGCUUAACACUGCUUUUUAUCGGGCUGAGCGCUACACACAUAGCGACAGGAAACGUCUGUCAUAUCAUUCUUGGCGAGUGCGUUGGAUGUUUGAAAUACGUUGCGUCAUGUAACAUAACGUUACAUUGCGCUGACUGCAGAAAGGCAAACACUACCGUCCGCAAUCAUGUAACUGUGUGCUUUGGUGAACUUAGGGAAGUCCAGGGAACGUCGUGUUACAUAAAAUGCCGCAGAUACAGUAUUUUUAGAUAGCCGCAACCACGUUUUUCUCACAGUUCUGGCGUUGCUUAUGCCAAACCAAUUUUGAUGGAGGAAACAAGACAACAGACACGCCGCGCAGCUUCGCGAACACUGAAGUCGCCUCAACGCCGUUGACUCUCCGGCAACAUCCGUUCACCGCGAGGACAGGCGAGUAGCCAGCUAGGCAGCCCCUGGAGACGUUCAACAACAGGCUACGGGGGUCAGUGCUGACAAUGGCCAGGUUACGCAAGAAAGCCUGCGUGGCUCUGUUUCUGUUUACCCUUUUCAUCUUCGGCACCAUGAUGGGAUUGAGAACGCUGAAACCCAGCGACGGUUUCAACGACCUGGCGCCAGGACUGGACCUCAUGCCCAUGGUCGGAGAGAGGGUGGACCGGCGGUCAAUGUCCAACAACGUGGUGGUCUCGCCGGGCCAGGCGCGCGCCGCCAGCAACACCAAAGUCGUCUUCUCCAACUCCGGCCCUGGGGACAGGAGUAUAUUUUACGACGUCCACAUAUUUUACUACGUGUGGUACGGCAACCCGCAGAUGGACGGGAAAUACAUGCACUGGGACCACGUUCUGGUGCCACACUGGGACCCAAAGAUAGCCGCCAGCUACCCGAAAGGCAGGCACACGCCGCCGGAAGACAUUGGCUCCAGUUUCUACCCGGAACUGGGACCAUACAGCUCGAGAGAUCCGGACGUGCUGGAGUCGCAUAUGGAGCAGCUGGAAGCCGCGGCGGCAGGAGUGCUGGUGCUGUCCUGGUACCCCCCCGGUUUGGCGGACGAUAACGGGGAGCCGACGGAGGACCUGGUGCCCGCCAUCCUGGACGCAGCGCACAGGCGCAGCAUCAAGGUGGCCUUUCACCUCCAGCCCUAUAAGGGGCGCUCUGACCAGACUGUGCACGAGAACAUCAAAUACAUCAUCGACAAGUACGGGAAGCACGGCGCAUUCUACCGCUUCCAGUCGAGCGCGGGGAAGGUCCUGCCACUCUUCUACAUCUACGACUCGUACCUGACCCCCCCGGAGGCCUGGUCGGACCUGCUGACCCCCGCGGGGGCGCACAGCCUGCGGGGCACGCCCUACGACGGCGUCUUCGUGGCGCUGAUCGUGGAGGAGCGCCACAAGCAGGACAUCCUGGCGGGCGGCUUCGACGGCAUGUACACCUACUUCGCCUCCAACGGCUUCUCCUUCGGCUCCUCCCACCAGAACUGGAAGGCCAUCAAGGCCUUCUGCGACGGCAACAACCUGCUGUUCGUGCCCAGCGCCGGGCCGGGCUACAUCGACACCAGCGUGCGGCCCUGGAACAACCACAACACGCGCAACCGCGUCAACGGCCGCUACUACGAGACCGCCCUGCAGGCGGCGCUCACGGUCCGGCCCGAGGUGGUCACCGUCACCUCCUUCAACGAGUGGCACGAGGGCACGCAGAUCGAGCGGGCGGCGCCCAAGAAGACCGUCACCCGCCUGUACCUGGACUACCAGCCGCACCAGCCCGACCUGUACCUGCAGCUCACCCGCAAGUGGGCCGAGCAGUUCAACAAGGAGAAGGAGCAGUGGCUCAUGUAGAGGGGGCGGGGGGGGC